AUGCUUUCGCUCCCUUUCGCCCUGUCGACCACCCCCCACGUCAGGCUGAGCUCGGCAGCCGAGUGCCGUCUCUGUGCCGUCUCCGCUGGCCAGCCGAGCUCCCCGCCCGCGCCAACUGGGCCCGGCAAGCUCGAGCCCGGCGGCAAGUACUGGACCACGCGCAACGGCAGCGCCCUGAUCGCCUUCACCGUCGGCCAGAAAUACGAGCCCGGCAACGGCGUCGCCAUGAUCGCCGGCCACAUUGACGCCCUGACCGCGCGCCUCAAGCCCGUCAGCACCAAGCGCAACGCUGCCGGCUACGUCCAGCUCGGCGUCGCGCCCCCCCACACGGGUCGCCGAUGGUGGGCCGGCGCAGUCGGAUGCGCGACAGUGGUGAGGGCGGAGGUGGGCGAUUUGUACCCUUGGUGCCUUACCCUAGGUAACCUCGGUAGGGAAGUAUGCCACCAAAUUGAAGACAAGCAGGAUCCCGCAACGACACGCGCAGCGGCGGCACCGUCGGGCCCCAUGCUCAGCAGCGCCCUCGGCGUGCGCGCCGCCGACGCCGGCCUGCCGCAGCUCAGCAUGCACAGCAUCCGCGCGACGACCGGCAGCCUCGAUCCCGGUCUCGGCGUCAAGUUCUUCAAGGGCUUCCUCGACCACUGGGAGAAGGUCGAUGCCGAGUGGCAGUGA